AUGACAGACAGCAUGGAUGGCCGCGUGGUGGAUCCCGGGGCUGUGGAAGCCCAGGCCGUCGAGCUGCCCUUCCUCCGGGACUUCUUCGCCAAGCAGGGCACCAACUUCGUGCGCAGCUACUCGAACAGCCCGCAGUGCGUCCCGUCGCGCAGCAGCAUGUGCACCGGGCGGCGCACGGACCAGAUCGAAGCCUGGUCCAACGAGAAAGGCCUGGCUGCCUCGGAAGAUGGGACACUGGAUAAGGCUUGCAUCUACUUCUAUGGCGCCGAGCAGUGCGCUGCCUGGGCGAAGGUGCAGAACCACUCCGAGACCAUCUUCUCGGGCUUGGAAAGACUAGGCUACGGGGUGAAGCUCUAUGGGAAGGUGGACAUCGGAGGUGGGUUGAUGAAUGAUCCGAAAGUCAGAGAAUCGGUUUCAGCCAACGGCUGGCACCGGGGCGUGAGCCGUGGGAUCGUUACCCGCUCGGCUGACAUCCGCCGGCCAACUAAGGGAGCACCUCUUUCGCUGACUUCCGACACGCAGGACCAUGUGCACCCGGAGGAUUGGAGAACAGUUGACCGCUGCCGGGGGUGGAUUCAGGGCUUGCCGCCCGCUGAGUAG